AAUUCAAACUUUGUUGUGGAAGUUGUAAGGGUGUUGAUCAAGUGGGUGGUGUUCGGGUAAUGGUUGGUAGGUAGAUAGGGAAUUUGGGUUUCUGAUAGUAACUCUUCAUUAGCCUAACAUGAAAGCUUCUCCUUUUGGUUGAUAAAGUGGUAGGCACUUUGGUUAUUUCAACCCAAGCUUCUGAAUAUUUUAGCCAUAAAGAAAGUUGGCUCUGAGGCCUUUAAGGGAAGCCUUGUUUAUAAGCAUCAGCGGCAGAGAAAGAGAACAAUCAUUCUAAAGCAAAAGCAGAAGGAAAGAGAAGAGAAGAGAGAGAGAAAGUGAGUUCCAAAGAGAAGAAGGUUCCCCGUAGAGGCAGAGAUGCAGACACAGAAGCAGACAUGGGAGCAGCAGCAAUCACAGGUUCAACGACUCAAAAACUCGGAAAGUAUCGGCUAUGGUGAGAGCCCAACAAGAGAAGACAAGGAAGAAGAGAUGUCCAGAUCGGCUCUGACUACGUUCAGGGCAAAGGAAGAAGAGAUCGAGAGGAAGAAGAUGGAGGUAAGGGAGAAGGUUCAGGCUCAAUUGGGACGCGUAGAGGAAGAAACAAAGCGUUUGGCAGAGAUUCGGGAAGAGCUUGAAGCACUGGCUGAUCCAACGAGGAAGGAAGUUGCAUUAGUACGUAAGAAGAUUGAUGCAGUGAACCGAGAGUUGAAGCCACUAGGACAGAGUUGUCAGAAGAAGGAGAAGGAAUACAAGGAAGCUCUUGAUGCUUUCAAUGAAAAGAACAAGGAGAAAGCUCAAUUAAUUACCAAAUUAAUGGAGUUGGUAAGCGAGAGCGAGAGACUGCGGAUGAAGAAGUUGGAGGAGCUGAGCAAGCAUAUUGAUUCUCUGCGUUAAGUAGUGAUGUUUAUAAUGGAUUAGGCUGGUGUGCUGUACUUAAGAUGAUGACUUUCACGUUAAUGGGUGUCAUUGCUUUGAUGUAUUUUAUGAGUCUGUUUCUGUAGUUGAUUUGCUUUCAAGGAGGGGAUUCUACUGAUUUAGAAAAGAAACACUCAAAACACCCUCUAAAUAGGUUUGUAAACCAAGUCUUUAACUUCAUAACUUCUCAUCCUCAUAAUUGUACCCUACAACGGGGUGAUUCCAUGCAAGUUUAUGCAUGUCAUUUGGUAAAUGGUAUACUAGGAUCCUACCAGUA